AUGGCAUCUACCGAGGGUCCCACAAGGGCGCAUGAUAGACAUGGACGUCGAAGACCCUUCUCAAACUGGAUGAAACGUCUGGCGAAUCUCAAAAACUCAAAUCCCGACGCUGCCUCGCAAGAUUUCUCUGCGAAACGAUCGAAUCUUUACAUGAGCUCGAAAAGCAAGAAAGGCAACGCUGUGAAAAAUAAUCCAUACGCAUUGUGCAGUCGACCUGUGCCGUCCGGAGACGGCCGCCUCUCUUUUUCGACACCUCUAUCAUUGUCAGAAUCCCGCCUCAGCUCCCAUGGACGCAGUGCAGAAUCAGUCCAUGCCUCUCACGACGAACAGAACUCGUCUAGACCGAAUGCGAUAUCAAGACCUACUACCCUUUCGACCACUGGAGAGACCGCCAUAAGCGAUGCCGCGGCAUCAAAAACAGGCACUAGUGCCACAGCAGCCAGGACUGAUGGAGGCGGUAAUAGCACUUUCUCAUCCCCAGCUCCAUCUGUUCGCUCCAUGACGACAACACUUACUACACUUCAAUCUGUGGCAGUGCCUGGCCAGGGAAACACAAUCCCCGCCCAAAAUGGCAGUCAUACCACAACAUUCAACUCUACAAAUGCUUCGUCCCACUUUUCUCAUCAAUUCCCUUCGACCUCUCCUCCAGCAACGGCUGUGCCAGGCCACCUGGCUCCUCAUACCCACCCUACAACGUACACAUCGGCUACUGCAAAUAACAUGUUGACAGACGAUGCCUCCAUUCUCACAUUGGCAUCAUCCUCGAAGCGCCGUCGACGAAACUCUGCGGACACCAAUGCCUCUAUGCGAGCGCUUGCUCCAGCUUCAAUGUUUGGAGGUAGCCGUGAAAGUCUUCCGUUGAGCGUGCUGAGUGGCAUUGCCGAUCCUUCCGCUCAAUCAGUCACCAAUGCUCCAGGGACACUACCCCGGCCGAGCAUUGGCGGCAUCGCAAGCGCUGAACGGGCUAGUCUCUACUCCUCUUCCGGUAUAGCGCCUGCACUCACGAGCGACCGGAAUAGCUACUUGGCUGGGAAGCAAGCCGCGGGUGACGGUGCGAGCGUCCGUAGCGGACUUCUUGCUCACGGGAGAAAUGACAGCAUGACAAAUAGUAUCGGUGGUGGACCGACCAGCCCUCUUGCCAGCGCUCCACCGGUGGCACCGACCGGUAAGAUCAGCAGGAGAAGCUCUGGCUGGGUCGAGGUGCCAGGUGAUGAGAUAGAGGUCGACAAGACUGAGGAGACCAAAAGCGAGGAAGGCAUACGCCCGCGGUGA